AAUUUUUGUCAGUCUUCAGAAAUCAGUGAACGUGAGUGGACGCGAGGUGAAGUGGAUUAUUCUAAAUUGACUCAGUCUCGCAGUUUAAAAAAAAAAAUUAAAAAUUUUAUGCCACUCGAUCAUUACUAUUAAAAUGGAAAUAAAAACGCAAAUGUUGUUACAAAAUAAAAGGCAUAUUCCUUGGCCAUGGUUUUAUUUGAUGAAAUCUAUGAAUCCAAUAAUUUGUGUUGGACCUGUUUAUAAAUUUUCUGUAUCCGUUGGCUGGCUUCAGCACACAUAUACACACAUUCUUCAAGAUGGCUGAUGAUGGAGAAAAUUUGAUGUUGGAAUGUAAUUUUAUUUGGAAAAAGGUGAGACACUACCCUUUUUCUUAAAGACACGGGAAUAUGAGUGAAACUUUUUGAAUGUCCCAUUUGAUUAUCUUAAAGAAGGAGAACCGUUUAUAGAAACGUCAUUAAAGACAAUGAUUAUUAUAAAAAAGAUACAAUUUUUAUCUUUAAACCUAUUAUCCUCAUGGAAGAAAUCGAUUUACAAGUAAAAAAACAAUGACCUCUUUAUGUGUCAGACCAGUUUUUGAAAUUUUCUGUAUCCAGUCGCACACACACAGGCACACCUAUGCUCACAUUCUUUUACUGCAAGAUAUAUGGCUGUCUCUCGUAUUGUAGAAAUACAUUCAUAUUGGAGUUCGGUUUACAAAUAAAAAGAUGAUUCUAUAAUGCAAGACUACAAGGCUAGGAUUAACAAAAUUACAACAAACAGGGGCUAUAACACAAUAGAAUGCAUAAUUCGAUUAUGGACAAUGGGGACACAAUAUAAAAUCGGCACAGCAAGGACUCGGUAUAUAUGAUUAUGAAUAUGACAACAAAAUACAAACAUUCCAAAGAUUACUAACGCUCGACUUGCUAGUCUUCACUAUUCUAAAUGUCGCAUCAUAAGUAUAAAAAUUGAGAGAUCAAUGUGUCAUUUGUAUAACUUUUACUUAGUAUUCAUUACGUAUACAUUCUAUAUAUACCGUUUUAUAUAUACCAAUAUCAAAGCAUGGCCUUGGUCGUGUUAGUAAAUUCUCUUUUCAGGUACAUUCCAAAAACCAAUCCAACAACCAUCAAACCAACUACAAACAUCGUCAACAACUAAUUAAUUUUUGUCCUUAUAUAAUUAGUAUUGUAAUAUAUUUACUUUUGCUGCACACCACCGCCACAACAAUUCAAUCUUUUACAUAAACCUUUUCAAAAUUUUAGCUCCUAAAUAUCAAACUGCAUACGCCUGUGAAGGUAAGAAAUUAACUAUAGAGUGUGAUCCAGGCGAUGUCAUAAAUCUUAUACGAGCUAAUUAUGGACGCUUUUCAAUAACAAUUUGCAAUGAUCAUGGAAAUAUGGAAUGGAGUGUCAACUGUAUGUUUCCUAAAAGUCUUACAGUUCUGAAUUCAAGAUGCGCACACAAGCAAAGUUGUGGAGUUUUGGCCACAACUAGCAUGUUUGGAGAUCCCUGUCCCGGUACGCACAAAUAUUUGGAAGCCCAUUAUCAAUGCAUUUCAGCAUCUCAAACAUCGACCACAACUAAUCGUCCCAGUCCACCGCCGUGGGUUCUUUCGAAUGCACCACCUAUUCUGCCGAAUGGUAGUUCAUCUAUUAUUAAUCCUGGACUAGUACAACCUCCUUUACCACCAGCACAACUACCGCCUAGAAUGCCUCCAAUGCCAGGAUUGCCGGUAUCUGCUGUACCCUCAUCUCCGGGCCCUCCUACAAUACAUACCACACUACCGGGUGGUAGACUUAAGGCAAAUAGCUCAAUAAAACCGCCAACAAGGCAUGACGGACUACCUCCACCGCCUCCGUUACAUCACCACCAUCACACGAAUGGUAACCAUCAUACUGCUGCGAAAACUGAUCAACAGAAAGACAUUCUUCCCAGAGAUCACCCUCACAAAGCGCCGACACAAGAGACUAAAACAGUAAAAAGUCAAAGCGGUGGAGUCAGCAAUACAACAACACCGCCCAACACGAGAAUUUUAACUGGUGUUGGAGGUACAGGGAGCGACGAUGGAACUCUGCUUACCACAAAAACUACCACCAGACAGCAACAGCUACCAAAUCCAUUGCCCUCUGGGACAACAACUGUUUCUUCCUUGGGCAAUAUCAAUUCCACCUUGGGUUCUGGCAUUAUCAAAUCGAUAAAUAACAUAAACUUAAAUACUGGAUUGGUUGGCGAAGACGAAACCAAUAUGUUUUGUGGCCCUACGCAUGCUAGAAAUUUAUUUUGGAACAUAACACGUGUUGGUGAUGUUAAUGUACAACCCUGUCCGGGUGGGGCAACAGGUAUUGCGAAAUGGCGAUGCGUGUUAAUGAAACGAAUGUCGCUAGACGAAGAUGAAGACAUACCAUCUUCAACACCAAACGCAUUGUGCAAUGGAACUACGUGUACAAGUUUUCGUUUGCGGAAUUUUGAACCUACAUGGCACCCUUUAACGCCCGAUUUGACGCAAUGUCGAAGUCUUUGGCUUAGCAAUUUAGAAGUUCGUGUUAGCCAACGCGAUUCAUCUUUGAUUUCAAUUGCAAAUGAUCUGUCUGAAGUGACUAGCAGCAAAACCCUUUACGGCGGGGAUAUGCUCGUGACCACCAAAAUAAUUCAGACAAUGUCGGAAAAAAUGUUCCAUGACAAAGAAACGUUUCCCGAUCAACGUUUGCGAGAAGCAAUGAUACUAGAAUUGUUACAAGGCGUUGUAAAGACUGGAUCCAAUCUUCUAGAUGAAUCGCAGUUAUCCUCUUGGCUGGAUCUAAAUCAGGAAGACCAAAUGAGGGUUGCGACUUCAUUGCUAACUGGUUUGGAAGAGAACGCAUUCCUAUUGGCUGACACUAUCAUACGCGAACGGAAUGUUGUGCAAAAGGUUAAAAAUAUAUUGCUCUCCGUAAGGGUUUUAGAAACAAAAAACAUGCAAUCCAAUGAAGUAUUCCCCGAUAAUGGACAAUGGCAAAUAAGUGACGAUAGAAUUGAAUUGCCCAAAGCUGCACUUAUAGAAAAUAGCGAUGGAGGUCUUGUUCGUAUAGUUUUUGCGGCCUUUGACCGUUUGGAAUCGAUAUUGAAACCUUCAUAUGACCACUUUGAUAUAAAGUCAGCGAGAAGCUACAUUCGGAGCACAGCAAUUUUAACAAACGAUACCGCCGACUCCUCCAAUUCUUCACCAUCACCGCAACGCAUACGAAUUUUGAAUAGCAAAGUUAUUUCAGCUAGUUUAGGCAAAGGACGACACAUCCAACUAUCGCAGCCCAUCAAAUUAACACUGAGGCAUUUAAAAACGGAAAACGUCACCAAUCCAACAUGUGUGUUUUGGAAUUACAUAGAUCACGCUUGGUCAGCCAAUGGUUGUGUUCUGGAAUCAACCAAUCGUACACACAGCAUCUGUAUGUGCAAUCACCUUACGAACUUUGCCAUUCUAAUGGAUGUAAUGGAUUCCCAUACCCAUUCACUUUUUACGAUGUUCGAUGGCAAUAUGCGUAUCUUGAUUUACGUUAGCAUAUCGAUCUGUUUGAUAUUUAUUGUGGUAGCCUUACUAACACUUAAAAUAUUUAAUGGAGUCUUUAUAAAGUCUGCACGUACUUCUAUUUAUCGCAGUAUUUACAUAUGCUUGCUUUUAGUCGAAAUUCUCUUUCUAAUUGGUAUUGAACAAACGGAAACGAGUAAAUUUUGUGGAUUUAUAACAGUAUUUUUACACUGUGCUAUUUUGUCGGCCAUUGCAUGGUUUUGUUUUGAAGCUUUUCAAUCUUAUACAACACUUACCACCGAUGAUAUUCUACUCGAAGUCGAUCAAAGUUCUAAAGUUAACUGUUAUUAUUUGCUAUCCUAUGGCCUGUCACUGACAAUCGUGGCAAUUUCAUUGGCCAUCAAUCCGAGCACUUACACUCAAAAUGAUUAUUGUGUUCUUAUGGAAACAAAUGUGCUAUUCUAUGCCACAUUUAUAAGUCCAGUGUCGCUAUUUCUUAUCGGUGCUUUGGGUUACACUUUCCUAUCAUGGGUAAUAAUGUGUCGUAAGGCGAGAACUACGUUGAAAAACAAGGAGCAUACAAGACUGGCUAAUGUUCGUUUUGAUAUACGUUGCUCUUUCAUAUUUCUAUUGUUGCUGUGUUCCGUGUGGCUUUCCGCCUAUUUCUAUCUGAGACGUUCGAAAAUGGAUGACCAAAUGGCUCAGCUUUAUGGUUAUCUUUUUGUAGGUUUCAAUACAAUGAUGGGAAUUUAUAUUUUUGUUUUCCACUGUAUACAAAAUGAAAAGAUUCGUCGUGAAUAUCGCAAAUAUGUCAGACAAAAUUCUUGGUUGCCAAAGUGCUUGCGUUGCAGCAAGACUUCAAUAUCAUCGGGUAUUGUCGGUGGCAGUGCUUGCGGUGGUAUGAAUUCUGCUGGCAACGCCGGUACUUUGACGAGUAAUGCCAAUGCUCUGGGGGUUUCAAGUACCGGAACUCAAAUGAAAAAAUCGAAAAUACCCAUUGGAGAUGCUAAUGAAAACGAGGACAUCGUAAACAUGGCGGCAGCAACGGAUGAUGCUAUAUUGGCAACGAGUGAUUGUGAAAUGAAUGACAGUAUUUCACGACGGCAGGGUUCAUCAGCAAGUGCCGGCAAUACUGCUACCUUACAAAGUGGUAUAAUCCAGGGUAAUCUGGUGUUACAACACUCAUCUAAAUCCAAUGAACCGAUCGCACCACCCAACCAUACAGUCCUAGAACGAAAUUCGAAUAUCAUUAUGGGAAUACCAGGUGCUUCUGGGACAUUGAGAUCAACUGGAGGGGGUGGAAUGCACACGCCUAGUGCUGGUCAUACUUCACCGACAUCAUCUGUAAGCUCAACACAUUUAAUUUUCGGACAAGGACAUAAACAACAGCAAUUGGCUGCCGGUAGCAUGAACGGUCCACAAACACAAGAGGCCUUUUAUCACCAACCAGACUACUAUGCUUGGCAGCAAAAGAACCUUAAGGGGGGUCAAGCGAGAGAUUAUCAUGGUGCCGGUGUAUCGCCUCAACAGCCGCAGCAACAAACACACGAAUUUUUCUAUUGGACCCAGAAACAUAAUCAAGGACAUGGCAAAAAGAAGCGUGGAAGCAAUACUGGUUCCGAUUCACCAAGUGGAUCCCUACAUUCACGUAAUACAGCGACAUCCCAACAAAUUCUGUUUUACCCAUCGUACAAGAAAACUACAAUGAAGCAACAGCAGGGGCAUGCUUUACAACAACAGCAUCCCUACUAUGCCGAAGCUAUAGAUCCAGGUGCGCCUCCAUACUACCAGCGACAACAGCAACAAAUGCAGCGUAGGCCAAUGCAUGCGCAGCAACAUCAGCUAUCAUCGGACGAUGAACAAAUGGAGCAUGCGGCACACGCACAUUUGUUACAACAGAUCAAUCGUCGUGGUCAAGGCCCUGGGGAAUUUUCUCUAACCCCAAUGACAAUGGGGCCACAACAACGUUACUAUAGAAAUAAGCAUUCCAACUGUGAUUUAAACCAACCUGACAAUUUCGAUAUGCAUCGUGUGGUCGGCGAUGGUAGUGGUGGGGGUGGGAUGGUAGACCCCAGUGCCGGCGAAACUUACUAUAAUCAAGGUUCGUUGUGCGGUGAUAAUGGUCCUGUAUACGAAGAAAUCUUAAGUAAUCGUACCUCCGAUGUACAACACUACAAUGUGGACGAUAUGUUGCCUCAGCACGAUUAUGAAGAUGAACGUGCCAUGCAGGCCUUAUACCAACGUCAACAGCAAAAAAAGUUAAUGAAUCGAUAUCCAACUCACAGUAGUAAUGGUGGUCGAAUGGCCACUAGUCAUGAUUACGUGGAUGAUUUCGAAGCGCCAGUUAGUGGCGAAAGUCCCUACAGCGAUCCAGAUGACGACGAUGAUGAUGAAGAUGAUCGUGACGAUGACUGCAGUGAUGACCAGUUGCCGCCUCAAAGCGAUGAACGUAUGAGAAGAUUAAUGGCCAUGCAAGAUGCCGACUUUCAAAGAAGAUUUCAACGUCAGUUGCGUAAAAAUGCACAAGCGAAUGAUGGAGCAUCCGGCCCCCCAGGCUACCAUGAAUAUCAUGAGUCUGUGCAGCCAUAUUUACAAUCCCAGCAAGUCCACCACCCACAGCAACAGCCAACACAACACCAACAGCCCAUAACGGUUUUUGGGGUAAGUAGCGGCUCCGGAGGUUCAAUACGUAGUUUUAAAAAAACUGCUCCCGCUUCCGGUAGUCGCUUAGCUGUCAAUGAGCUAUUCAAUCAUGGUCCACCACUGCCGCCUGCCAACCAGCAUUCUAUGCAGAAAAAUAAGCAUUUACAACAACAGCAGCAACAACAAAGUGCACAGUCUCAGCUUCCGCCAAAUCAUCAUCAGCAACAACAGCAAGUGUCUCCACAGUCGCUAAGUACACCAGUUGUCGGACGAAAUAUAUCUGCCAUGCUGGAUGAGAACAAUACUGUGAGGUGUUAUUUAGAGCCUUUAGAAAAGUAAUUGGUAUAUCACAAUCCCUCUUAAUGCAUUAUAUGGAAAGACAUUCUAAACGUGUUUAACAAUGUGUAUUUAUUGAAUAACAGUAGUUAAUGAAAACCAAAUCAAUCCUAAGACCCGGAAAUCCAAAUCCGCUGAAAAAUAAACAGUUUUUUGUUUUUUCAAAUUCUCUAAUGUGUAGUAAGCAAAGCAAAAACCGCGCAUUAUGUGUAAUUAAAACAAAACUAAUUUAUAGAAAUGUAAGAACCAAGAGUACAUUUAACAACACUCACCCAUACCUUUAAUAAACUCCCACUAAAAUUAUUGGUAAUUUUAAGUCGACGAACAUGAAACCUGCUAAAAACAAAUGCCAUUUUGUUGAUUGACUUUAGACGAUAUUUUUGUAUGCAAACACAUUUAUUUUUGAUGUACUUUUGUUUUGUAAUAGAAAAGCUUUUUUCCCCGUCAUUCCUUAAGCAAAAAGGGAUGAAUAUGCAGAUAAGGUAUAAAUCGGGAUUAUUUCAUAGAUUAUUUUAACUGCAAUAAGUUACAUUAACUUUAAACGUUUUUAGGUUUAACAAAUGUAAAGCUUAGACUAAGAAUAUUUUCUAUUAUAAUUAGUGGCUUUUUUAAUCUCUUUUCCUGUAUAGUCAUUCAGUCUGUUAAGCUUAAUAUGAUUUUGUAAAUUAUUUCACGAGUUUUCACAGUUGGUUAAUGAAUUCAGUAUCUUUUUCCUCAUUGUUUUUUCUUUUACACUCGGAUUUAUCCAAAUAUCUAAUUUACCCUUAGAUACUUUUUUAUUUUUUGUUUGUUUAUUAAAACCUAUAUAGUAACGAAUGUAAACAUUAUGUAAAUUUAUAACUUAUAUCUAAAAAUGAAGAAGUUUAAUAAAUGUGUAUAGUAUGAAAUUAAAAA